AUGGCGGUGUCACUCCUGAUCCUGUACACUCUCAUCUAUGUGGUGCCCUUCUAUCUGUCCUCGCGCACACGGCCCUCGCCGACUCUCUCGCGCGAUGCACCGUCUGUCAUCCGUGCGAGAAUCACGUCAGUGUCCUUGACCUGCUUCGUCUGCUCCGUGACCACCCUCUGGGUCCUCUGCCGGGUCGCCAAGGCUACGGCCCAUGAUGCCGCCCACACCUUGGGCUACUGGCCAGUUGGCCUGACCGAGACGGCCAGCUCUUUACUGUUGACGGCCGUGUUGUUCCUCGGGCCCCUCUUCGAGUACCUCAUCGUCGAGGCCGGCUGGAGGGAGUGGUCAACCCUCGCGCCCGUGAAAGAGCUCUUCAAUGAGUGGACCACGUGGCGGAAUAUCGUAGCGGGUCCCGUGACCGAGGAAGUGCUCUUCAGGUCUGCCGCGGUUCCGCUGAUGCUUAUUGCGAGGACCUCCGUGACCCGGACCAUCUUUAUGUCACCGCUGAUAUUCGGGCUCGCGCACGUCCACCACUUCUACGAGUUCCGCAUUACGAAUCCGCGGGUCCCCAUCGCGGCCGCCAUUCUCCGGUCCGUCUUCCAGCUGGCCUACACCACCCUGUUCGGAUCCUACGCCACCUUCCUUUACCUCCGCACCGGCAGCCUGCUCGCCAUUUGUCUUGUGCACGCCUUUUGUAACUGCAUGGGUCUACCCCGUGUCUGGGGGCGUGUCCAGCCGAUUUCGGGCUACUCGCAGGAGGCAUCAACUGAGCAGAAGGGGAAUGUUCUUUGGACUGCGGCUUACUACGUUCUUCUGGUGACUGGCGCGGCUCUAUGGUAUAGGAACCUCUGGGUGUUGACAGAAAGCUCGAAUGCCUUAGUGGCUGUACGAUAA